GUGGCCGGGCGCGGAGGUGAUUCUACAUUGAGGAGAGCGCGGCGGCCAGGGUGGCAGUGGCAGCGUUCGUGUGCUCGGGUGUGAAUCGCCGAGGGAGGAGGCAGUGGAGGAAGCGGUGGCGGCGGUGGCGGUGGUCGUAGCGGUGGCGGAGGAGGCGGGUACGAAUCAGCUGCGGGCGGAGACAUGGCCAACAUCGCGGUGCAGCGAAUCAAGCGGGAGUUCAAGGAGGUGCUGAAGAGCGAGGAGACGAGCAAAAAUCAAAUUAAAGUAGAUCUUGUAGAUGAGAAUUUUACAGAAUUAAGAGGAGAAAUAGCAGGACCUCCAGACACACCAUAUGAAGGAGGAAGAUAUCAACUAGAGAUAAAAAUACCAGAAACGUAUCCAUUUAAUCCCCCUAAGGUCCGGUUUAUCACUAAAAUAUGGCAUCCUAAUAUUAGUUCCGUCACAGGGGCUAUUUGUUUGGAUAUCCUGAAAGAUCAAUGGGCAGCAGCAAUGACUCUCCGCACGGUAUUAUUGUCAUUGCAAGCACUAUUGGCAGCUGCAGAGCCAGAUGAUCCACAAGAUGCGGUAGUAGCAAAUCAGUACAAACAAAAUCCUGAAAUGUUCAAACAGACAGCUCGGCUUUGGGCACACGUGUAUGCUGGAGCACCAGUUUCUAGUCCAGAAUACACCAAAAAAAUAGAAAACCUAUGUGCUAUGGGCUUUGAUAGGAAUGCGGUAAUAGUGGCCUUGUCUUCAAAAUCAUGGGAUGUAGAGACUGCAACAGAAUUGCUUCUGAGUAACUGAGGCAUAGAGAGAGCUGCUGAUACUAGUCAAGCUUGCCCCUUCUUGAGGAGCAUCAACAUCUGUUAUUUUUAGGAUUCUGCGUAGAUUUCUUUUAAACUGCAUUCUUGCCUAAUGAUGUUAUCUAGGCACUAUUGGAGACUGAAAAAAAAUCCCUGCUCUGUAAAUAAAGCUAAUUAAACGUCUGUGUAAAUUUAAAAAGGGGAAAUACUUUAAUUUUUUUCUUACUUAAUAGUGUAAAAAUUCUUUGAGCUAAGCUAAAACCAUGGAAAAACAUGCUACUUUAGUGUUUAGCAGUGUACCAAGACUAGCAAGAGUUUGCUUCAGGAUUUUGUUGAAUAAUUAAGAUAAUAUUUUGAGUGUGUCAGGGCCAUUUAAAUUGUUGGUGUUGCAUCACAGCUACCUUAACUGUUUUUAACAUGGAUCCUCUGUGCCUGUGAAUUUACUUGCAUGCUUGUACUUGACUUCUUAGGAUGGGUAGCUGAAAAGACCACCACUUUAAGCAUUUGAGAAUUCUUAAAUAUGAGAUUUAUCCAGAAUUGAAGAUGGUGACCUAUUCAGAGCCUUUUUGUCCUUGUCAACAGACUGGGACACCAUAUCUGUUUUUUCCCCUCUUGCCACACACAGCUAAUAUUCUAAUAGUAAACUUCUCUCUAUUUGGUGGGGAAAUGUGCUGAGGGGCAGUAUCCCUUGCUCCAGUUUUAGGUCAUCCAUUUGGAAUGUUUUGUCACAGUUCUUCCCUCUUAAAACUUUCCUAUGUAAGUAAGUAAUAAUGUAGAAAUGGAGCUGCCAAUUUUAUUUCUCUUGCAAAAACAGUAAAUACUUGAUGUUGCAGUAUUCCCAAGAUUUAAUGAAAGAACCCAACUUAAUUUUUCAGUAAUUUUGACAUCUUUCGGUUUUUAAACUGAUGAAAUUUUUCUUUGAGAACUUGCAAGGAUGAAAUCGACUAUUUGCAGUUUUUAGCCUAAUUUUGGCUUUAUAGAGAUUGCUUCAUCAAAUACUUUAAAAGUCACUCUUGCUUGCAUUUCCCCCUAGUAACACAUGAAAGCUGUGUUGGUGUUUUACUGUACAUACUUCAAAUGCACAUAGGAAUAGAAGUGUGUUAUAAAUCUAGCUUUCUUUAUGAUGUUUCUGAUAAUAUAAGAAUUGAAAACUUUACCUUCUCUUGUACAUAGUAAGACUUUCUAUUCGUAUUAAAGUUACAUUUCAUUCUAAGUUCAAAAGUUUGAAAAUUAUUAGUUUUGUAAGCUGAGACAUUAAUUUGACCAUUUUAUGAAGGUUGAAAUGGAUUUAUGCAGGCAUUUCUAUACGUAGAAACACCGUUCUUAUUAAAUUUUCAGGACCAAUGCAAAAUAACAAAAAUGUAAUGGAAUCAGAAUGAAUUAAAGUAAGGCUAUAUAUUGAAAGUCAUAUUAUAAAAGAUUUGCUUUCUUCAAGUGUUAUUUAUCCUAAAUUAUAAUCGUUAAGUGUUUGGAAAAUCAUUUUGAACCAUAAAUUCCACAUAAUUUCAUUUGACUUCUCAAUAAUCUUAGAAGCAAUAAAAGAACCAUUAAAUAUAUUGUAAUGUUAAAAAUGUGAAGGUUCUUCCAAAAACUUAUAAGGCUUUCCUAAUCAAUAGUAAAAACUCUUGUAGUUGAUAUUUUUGCAUACUAAACACAAGUUGCUAUGUUUUUUUCCCCUAUAUGUUUGCUUAAGCAUAAAUUUCUUUAUACAAUCACGUCCUUUAAUUGUGUAGUUUAGUUACGUUCUAAAGAUGCCAAAGGAAACAAGAUUUUUCUUUAUUUAUUUUAAAUAGCUAAAACCUUGUACUUUUCUUUAUAUUUUGAAGUAAGGUUGGAAUUGUGUGAAAAUGUGGACAGUUGCAUUGUUGGUUAGAAUUAAUUUUGGUUUUUUUUAGUGGCGGGCAGCUUGGUAGUAUUAGUAAUAUUUGGAUUAUUUUAAUUAUCAAACACAUCUUCCCAGUUUACUGUUUGCCUAUGUUAUCAGGGUAUAUUUAAUUGUCCUGUGGUUAGACAAAGGAGAGAGAGUGCUCAGAGGUUACUAAAGGUCAAGCGUUACAUACUUAGCUCUUGGAGAUAGCUAUACCUUGCCUUUGAUGGUUAUGCACAUUAGCCCCAUAGGGUGUCUACUCAUCUAACUAUAAUUCAAUAUCCCCAGUGCCCAGAAAAUUGAAAAGUACAAUAUUUGGUAUGAAAGGUUCUUCAUGAUGGAUUUUUCGUUUCAAAAAUUUAUGUACCUCGUUUACAUUUAAUGUGAUAAUCCCUCUUUCUUUUCUGGUACAUUUCCCACUGUCCUUCUGUUUUUUGUUGUUUUUCACCUCUCUACAGGUAGAUUUAUUUCUCCAAACGUAGAAAUUAAAGGAAUUGCUUUUUUCCUCUGGUGUUGCCUAUGUUUGGAAAAAGGACACUAAAAGUGUAGGUCUAGGAAAAAGGUACCCUGGUGGAAGUUAUUUUUAUAGUUGUCAAUUUUUUGUGAUUUGUCAUUUUUAAAGGCCUCAAAAAUUGUGGAAUAUAUAUAGUGAUAUCCCAUUUAGGGCAGGCAGAUUUGCUAGAAGUCACUGAUACUGCAGUAGACUUUAAAUUGUAAUUGGGUCCAUUUCCUGAGCAUGUGCCUGACUU